UGAUGCAUGUAACGUCGGUGUGGGGAGUUGCUUGGGCAUUAUAGGGGCUAAAGCGUUUCCGCAGAGUUUUGGGGAUUGCAGAAAAAUCAUCCUCUGACAAGAUACAACAUUUUGGGAAGAUAAGCCACUGGACAAUCACAGCACAAAGCUGUUACAACACCAAUCUGAAUCUGACUGCCUUCCUCUGCCAAGCCACCCAGAUUUUUGACACAAUGUGCGACUUCACACAAUUUGUGCAAGAGACACUCAAGUGGCACCAGGAGACGUACGAGGCGUUCCCGCUGGACCCAAACAAGGAGAACAACGUGCGCUUCUCGGUGCGCGGCGCGAUAUUCUCGGCCGUGCGGCCCACUCCGUUCCGCUCGGCCGUGCGGCUGGCGGCCGCGUCCGAGUCGGCGCUGGCGCUGCUGGACCUGGAGCCGGAGACGGCGCGCCUGCCGCACUUCGUCGACAUCGUGGCCGGCAACGACGCGCUGCCGGGCGUGCCGACCCUCGCGCACCGCUACGGCGGCCACCAGUUCGGCUACUGGGCCGAACAGCUGGGGGACGGUCGCGCCCACCUGCUCGGCGAGUACACCAACCGGCGCGGCGAGAGGUGGGAGUUGCAGCUGAAGGGCUCCGGCCGCACGCCCUACUCCCGGUUCGGCGACGGCCGCGCCGUGGUGCGCUCCUCCGUGCGCGAGUUCCUCUGCUCGGAGGCCAUGCACUUCCUGGGCGUGCCCACCUCCCGGGCGGCCACUUUGGUCAUCAGCGACGACCGCGUGCCACGUGACGCCUUCUACGACGGCCGUCCGGUGCUGGAGCGGACGGCCGUGGUGCUGCGGCUCGCGCACUCCUGGUUCCGCUUCGGUUCGUUCGAGAUGCUGGCCACGGACGGUGACGUGGAGAACCUCCGACUGCUGGCCGACUACGUCAUCCAGCGGCACUUCCCGGACAUCGACCUGGCGGCCGACGACAGCUACGAGCAGCUACUGCACCGGGUGGCGGCAGACACUGGCCGCAUGAUCGCCGCCUGGCAGAGCGUCGGCUUCGCGCACGGGGUGAUGAACACCGACAACAUGAGCAUCCUCUCCGUGACCAUCGACUACGGCCCGUUCGGCUUCCUCGACGCGUACGACCCGGACUUCGUGCCCAACCACUCAGACGACAUGGGCCGCUACACGUACGGCAACCAGGAGCGCAUCGGCCGCUGGAACGUGCAAAAGCUGAGCGUGGCGUUGCGGCCGCUGCUGACGACCGAGCAGGCGGGCCGGCUGGAGCGCGCGCUCGACACCUACAGCGAGGCGUUCGCGGCCGAGUGGCGGCGCAGAUUCAGCGCCCGGCUCGGUCUGCCGGCGAGCGCCGAGGCCGAGCGGCUGGCGCAGCGUCUGCUGGCGCUCAUGCAGCAGACGGCGGCUGACUUCACCAUGACGUUCCGGCAGCUGGGCGACCGGGCCGCCAACCCGCGCUACGUGCUGCGCAACUGGGUGGCACAGCGCGCCAUCGAGGGCGCCGAGCGCGGCGAGUUCGACGAGCUGGAGACGCUGCUGGAGAUCCUGCGCGAGCCGUACCGGGAGCAGCUGGCGGCCGAGGAGAGCGGCCAGCCGUCGUCGCGCCAGUCGCGCUAG